GCCCCUCCCAGCUUUGUGCCAUCAGCAAACUUGCUGAGGAGGCACUGACCCCUCAUCAAAGUAAUUGAUAAAAGGGUUAAACAACCCUGGGGGACGCCUGUGAGAGGUCUCCAAACAGACCCAGUGCCACUGAUUGUGACUGGGAUUUUCCAAUCAGUUCUUAAUCAUCUCACUGCCCGCUGGUCCCAUCCUGAGUUUCCCCAGGAGGGUGUUGUGAAAUAGAGUGUCGAAAACCUUGCUGGAGUCAAGAUGGACAGUAUCCACUGUCCUCCCUCAUCCAUCCAUGCAGUUGUUUCAUCACAGAAGGUGAUCAGGUUUGUCAAGCAAACCUUACCCUACUUCAGAUCUAGUUUGAAAUCUCUCAACGAGCUUUUCUAACUCCUUUUCUCCCUUUGAGACCUCUGUUUCUUUAAACCCUUUACUGGAGACAGCAGAAGUAAAAUGUGGUGAUUUGUCAUUUACAUCAAUCAGUUCUGCAUUUCCUUCUCUGUUCUUUUGGCCAGCAUUAAAGUAGAACUGAUUUAGUUGAAUUCUCCAAUCCCAGAGGCGCAACAGAACAGAUGAAGCAUGGUAUGAGGAAGAAGCAGCCAUUUGCUCAAUGCCUGAUCGUCUCUCAGUUUUGGUGUUAUUUAGUGGCAAGGAGCUACAAUUCUCAAAAGCUGGUACAAACAACUUUAUUUUAAGGACUGGGAGAUUUUCACCGCAUUAAAUAGGAAAAGUGCAUGGAAAUGUGCGAGCGGCUCAUCUUUCCUUCCUCAGGGGAUUGAGAGGCCGGGGACCGCAAUUCAGAUUUCAGCAAUGACGAGGGGCUGAGCCCAUUCACCUGGUUUUGGGAAAGCUGCUCCUUUGGGAGAAGGGGAUGCCAUGGAGUAACACCCUGCAGUCAGCCCUGGUAACUUCAUGGGAACAGAGGUUAAGAGGAAACUUUUAAAAGAAAAAAGAGUUUUUCCAGACUGAAGCUAAGGACUUGGGAAAAAUACACAAAAUGUCUCAAGAAGGAAAAAAGCUUUUCAACAUCAUUAUUUUGGGAGUCUCAUUUAUGUUUAUGUUCACUGCUUUCCAAUCCUGUGGAAAUAUUGCGCAAACUGUUAUCACGAAUUUAAACAACACAGACUUUCAUGGCAGUGGCUACACGAGCAUGUCCAUUAUUUAUGGAGUAUUGUCUGCAUCAAAUCUUAUAUCACCUUCACUGGUUGCAAUAGUGGGACCUCAAUUCUCCAUGGUUGUUAGUGGUGUGUUUUAUAGCCUGUACAUUGCAGUCUUUAUCCAGCCAGCUACAUGGGCUUUCUACACUGCCUCUGUGCUUAUUGGCAUUGCAGCUGCUGUCCUCUGGACAGCUCAGGGAAAUUGCUUGACUGAAAAUUCUGAUGAAAACACCAUUGGAAGGAACAGUGGAAUAUUUUGGGCACUCCUACAGUUCAGCUUGAUUUUUGGAAAUCUGUAUAUAUACUUGGCUUGGCAAGGGAAAACUCACAUAUCAGAGAGCGAUCGCAGAACUGUCUUCAUUGCUCUGACUGUUAUCAGUCUUGUGGGCACAGUUCUGUUCUUUCUGAUUAGGAAACAAGAGGACACAAAAGCUCCAGGGGAUGAUGAUUCCACUAAUGAAAUCCUGGGGGAGAGCUCGUCUGCACGAAACAAAAUGAUGAAAGCAGUGGCUGCCUUCAAGAAAUCUAUUACACUGAGCUUCACCAAAGAGAUGCUGCUUCUCAGUGUUACCACAGCCUACACAGGUCUGGUGCUGACAUUCUUUUCUGGAGUGUAUGGAACGUGCAUUGGAGCUGUGAAUAGGUUUGGCAGUGAAGAGAAAAGCCUGAUUGGUCUCUCUGGCAUUUUUAUUGGUGUUGGAGAAAUCUUGGGGGGAGGAAUCUUUGGCUUGCUGAGCAAGAAGAGUCGCUCUGGCAGGAACCCAGUGGUGAUGCUGGGCAUCCUUGUCCAUUACAUAGCCUUUUAUUUAAUUUUUUUCAACAUGCCAAAUGAUGCCCCCAUUGCUCCAAUGGAAGGAACAGAUCAAGUUGCUUACAUGGUUCCAAGCAAAGAGGUGGCCAUGCUCUGCAGCUUCCUGCUGGGGCUGGGGGACAGCUGCUUCAACACCCAGCUCCUCAGUAUUCUGGGAUUCCUGUACUCAGAGGACAGUGCUCCUGCCUUUGCCAUCUUUAAGUUUGUUCAGUCCAUCUGUGCUGCUGUUGCCUAUUUCUACAGCAACUAUUUCCUGCUGCAGUGGCAGCUCCUGAUCAUGGUGCUGGUGGGUUUUUUUGGGACAAUCACCUUCUUCAUCGUGGAGUGGGGAGCAGCAGCAGCCCUUGCUGCCCGUGGCUCAGACUACAGCAGCAUCUGAUCCUGUGCCAGGAGGAGCAGCACAGGAAUGGGUUUUGGGAAGUGGCAAAAGGUGAAGGUUGCUGCAGAGGUUGAGAUGGAGGAAGCUGCUACUUCAGUCCGACAGAAUGUGAAACAGAAGGGGAAAAAAAUGCCACGUUUGAAAGGCUUUUAUUCCUUGCUUUGGUCAUCUGAGCGUGUUAUUGUGUUGUUAAAAAUCUGGUACUGGGAAUGGAAUGAAAUGUAGGGACCCAUGUAUUGAACAAUUCUCUUCUGAGAUGUCCCUUUCAGAAUGUAAUUGCCUAAUUUCACUCCGCCAUGCACUACAGAAUUAGUUUGGGGGUUUGUCCCUUAAAUUAUUUUUCCUAUAUUCUAGUUCUGCAGACAUUUGAAUUCCUUUAUUGAAUGAGAUAUUUUUAUAAGGUAGAUUAUAUUGCAGAUCAUGUCUGCACAGCUGAGAAAUCAAUUUGGCAUUGAAUUUUUCAACAAUUAGAUGUAAGGAAGUAUUUCUGUGGAAAAUGUUGCCUUAUUCUGUAUCCCUCAGCUCCUUGUUUCCCAACCAUUUGUUUAUUAAUCUAUUUCAUGUGCUUAAGUUGUGAGAUCCAUGGGGUUGUUUUUUUUUUGUUUGGUUGGGUUUUUUUCUGUUGUUGGCUUUUUUGGGUUUGGUGUUUUUAAAUUUUUUUGUAAGGAAGUCAAUCAGGUUAUAAUGUGACAUGAUAGAUUUUAUAAGAAUUUGAAGAAAUCACCCUUGGCUAUCUUAAGGAUGGGAUCCCAAGGCCCGUGAAAUAUUGAUGUGGAAAACAGCUUCUGGCUCAGCAUCUCAGAAUUGAGCUGUGUUGAGAAAGGUGCUGAACCUUCCUCAGGGCUGUGCUUUAUGGGGGACCAUAAUCCACAGCUUCUCCCCCAAAAUCCCAAAUAGUUCUUUUGAGUUCAAUGGCAUUUUCAUCAAUGAUGAAAAUCUGUGAUGGGAGCACUAAGACAACUUUAAAAAAUAUAAAUAAUCUCAGAAUGUGAACUGUCAGAAUCAUAUUGCAGUGUUUAUGCCACUGCAUAACCUGAAACACUCGUCCUAAGUUGUUUUAUUCAGUCUGUUUUGGGAAAACUGAACUGUAGUCUUACUCCACCAAAUAGGAAAGCAAGGUUAGUGGCAUAAUAACUAAAUUUUAAUCCAGAACUGUUAUAGAUGAUGUAACAGGCAGUGACUGCAGCUCACCUUGACUUUAUCUGCCUACAUAAUACUCUGAAGUACUUGUAGUUGUGUUUGGUGGGCAGAGAGCAGACAUGGAACACUCAGAAGGUGUUUUUAGACACUCCAUGGAGCUAUUUUUAGAAAAGUACCAUUCGACAGCCUUCUUUUAUGCCCAGUCAGAAUGUUAAUGCCUUGUCUUUAAAGACAAGUUAAAAAAGAUUGUUUUACAUGUCAGUAGCUCCCAGUGUUGUAACUGUGUAGGAGCUCCCUAGGUGAACCCUGGGGAGGGAGGGUGGCAUCUCCUGUGACAUUUGCUGUCACUUCUGCUCUCCAGGAGCAGUAUCACAAGUGGAGCACAGACAAACAGCUGAGAGACAUCUUCUCCCAGGGAUAGAGAAAGGGAUUUUUAAAUUCACAGGGAUAGAGAAAGGGAUUUUUAAAUUCACGGCAGGUUUUUGCUGUGAGAUCAGCAAGGUGUUAAUGGGGGGGAUAAGAGGGCACCUGAACAUCCAGCAAGCUGAGAAAUCUGUGAGGACAAGCAGGAGAGAGAGGUUUGUGUGUAUUCCCAGGAGAUUUAAUGAAUGAUGUAAAAAAGAAUGAGGCAGAACAUGGAUUGGAGUGAGGGGUUACCAGAGCCAUUCCAAUCUGUCAGGCAGCCCGAAAAAGCAUUCAGUGUUCAAUCAAUAUGUGAUUAAUGGGACCAGCAGCACUGCAAAGCCUCUCUCUCACCCACUCCUGUUAUCCUGCAAUUUGAAGCAUAUGAUUUUUAUAGACUGAGCACUACAAAGGUGUGGAUUAAAGGGUGCUGCCACUGAUUAAAAUUCUCUUGUUGCUACACAUUUGCAUUUUCUCCAGAGUACCAAAAGGGAUAAAGAGGUUUUUUUCCAGAUAAGGAAUUGCUGAAUUUUCUUUUCUUCCAAACGCUUUUGGGGCCCUGUUCUCCCCAUCACAUUAAUGAGAGCAGAAAGACUUAAAUGUUCACAAGGAUCAUUUUUUUUUUUUUCUUACAGUGUAUUUGGGGUAAGAAAUGAUUCUUGGAUCUUGUGGUGAUGAGUAACUUGUAAGUGCUUUUUAACAAUGUCAUUCAAUUGUAAGUGGGUUAUGGCUCUCAUGAAGUUGCUUUUUAAAUUGACCCCUUUUAAUGAUGUGAUGUUCAUAUAAGAAUUGUAUGAACUAUUUUAUUAGGAAUUAAAAGUACUAAGUUUAUGUAGUUUCAAAUACCAUUUUGAAACCAACUCAGAGGGGUACUAAUGAAGAAAGACUUGUGGGUUUUCAGUACCUCGGUGAAUCUGAUGCUUUACUUUUUUUCUUUUGCUCUGUUCUGGUCUGACUCAGUAUCAGAUAAUCUUAGCAGGCUGCUCAGAACUAUUUAUAGGGUCAUUAAAGGGAAGUAUUAUUGCUCUGUGACAAGUUUUUUCAAGAAACCAUGACACUCUCCAAGCUGUAUCGUGGAUGGCUAUUCUUUUUUACUAUUAACUAUAUAAUACUGCUUUUGACAUUUGAUCUGAAGAGAGAGGCCUCAGUUGUUCAGGCUGCUGAUGACAUAUGAUUGCUUUUCACUUAUUCAUAUUUCUUUAGUAUGCCAAGAGGUGAAAAAUCCUCUCCAAUGUACACAGCUGUUCAUUUGGCUGAAAUUUUUGGUGUAGCAAUAUAAAGAACAGUAACACUGACAUCCAUUAUGAUUCCAUCUCUUAAUCUGUUAAUCAGCAUUUACCAGCCAUGAGGCUGCAGCCCCUUCAUUUCACCUCUGUGGCCUUUGAACAAUUUCAUGUUAAUCUGAAUUGGGAGCUCACUGUGAAAUAAAGAGGGAUUUGAAAAGAAGGAUUUUGCUUUUUCUGUUUGGUUUAUAUUAGAGAUUUCAUCUUUAUAAGCAAAAUGAUACAUGAAGUUGCUUUGGUUUAUUAAAAAGUUCUCUUUCAUUUUUCCCCCUUGUUCUUUUAAAGUGUUACUAAAGUUUAAUAUCUUGAUUGAAUAUCACAUCCUCAUGUUUUUCAAACAAAUGCUAAACAGGAAAUGAAAACUGCUUUUCUUGACAACUGAGUGCCAAAUAAGCUGCUACAAAUUAGUCUUCAAUGAAUCUCAUAUAAACAUACCUGUAUUUUGUCUUGCCAGUUGGUUUUCAUUUUGAUACAUGGAUGCAUGGACUGAGAAUUUCCAGAACUGUGUACUUCCUUCCUAAUUAAUGAUGUGGUUUUACUUUUGUGUAAUUUAAUUACUUUUGUGUUAAUUUAAUUAGGUACAAUCUAUGUUAGCAAGUUGUGAUAAGGAAGAGAACCAUUUAUAAAAUAAUUUUUUUUAAUAAUUUAAAUUUAUAAUUUUCUGAAGGUACUGCCAAACUCUUAAAGGGGCAUUAAAAAAUAUCCCAAACAACCAGAACCCCCAAAAAUCCUUAACCAAGGUCCCUGUCUUUGCAGAAACCCUUCUGUGGUACAGUUAUGAAAAACAAGAAAUCUUGUGUUGGUAAGUUCUUCGAAUAUUUCUGACCAUUUUAAAGUAUACUGGAGAGAGAACUUCCUGGUGGGAUUUCCUGUGACUUUAUGGAAAAAUAAUUCAAGCGUUGAAAGCCAAAAGUUCAGGACCACAUGUCAUUUAAGCAGACAAAAUUCCUCUGGACCUGCUUGGAAUUCCACAAAUUGACUUCAGCUGAUGAAUGUGGUUCCCUGGACUCCAGCCUAAAUGUCAGCAGUUAAUGCACAAAGGGGUGUGUGAACAGAGCACUAAAUUCUGUAUUUUAGGGCAAACAUGAAUUGUUUGCUGUCAGUAUAAACAGGAAAUGCAAUGUUCAGCAUCAUGCCAGGAGCCACAAUACCCACCUUGGACCCAAACUGUGCAGGUCUGUUAGUCAAGGCACCACCUUUCAAGCACAACCAUUAAUUUUCCUGGUGAAAUGUGUGUUUGAAGGCUUCAUCCACACCUCUGUUUUCCUUGGAGACCCACAAAUGUUAAUUGAAUGGCAGCAGCAGUUAAUGCCAUGUUUUCCUUGAUCCCUGUCUAACAUGCAGGUAGAAAUAAUAAAAGAUGGGAUCAUUUAGAGAUGGAGCUGAACUGGGAAGUUUUUGCUGCUUUACAAGGACCUUGCCCUUCUGAUAGGACCGUGCAAGAUUGAGACUCAUGAUUACCAUGGAUAAAUUCAGAAUGGUGCCUUGAUAAAUUCAUUUUCAGAGGUUGAGUUAGUGCCACAGAGAAGCACCAAUAAGAGUGGGGGCAACAUCCUUAAAAUGUGAUAAAGAGCAAAUCUGGAAGUGAGAAUUAGUCUCAGUGGGCACAUGAAGGGGGUGCUUUGUUCAAUUGAGUUUGUGUGUUAGAAAUUGAGAUUUCUAUUUAAUUCAUACUGCCUCUGUUAAGUUGGUUAUCUCAGCUGUUGGAAGUCUUCUUCCAAGCUCUCCUUUCUCUUUUUAUUUACAUUUUGACACUGUGCAGAAGUCGAUGGCAACUUUUUUACCUUUAAAAGGUGUCCUUGGGUUGGAAUUGGUGGUUAAUUGGGAGCAGGCUCACACAAUGAUUAUCCCUAAUGGAACUCUGAUUUCAAGUGAGUGUACUGACUCUUCCUUUCAUGGUCACAGGCAUGCAAAUAAAAGCGAAUUACAGA